AUAUGAAAAAUUAAGGGGAGAGAGAGGUGUAGAUUAAUCUUGGUGUGCGCAAAAAAGUCUUACUGGCUUCAACAGUAAAACAUCAGGUAUAUUGGUGUAUCUAUAUUAAGCGUGGGGCAUCCUUCGCUUAAUCUUUUCCAGGGCGAGCUCGUCGUACAAACAUGAUAUGUUUUCCGCUCGUAACCCUAUGAAUUUAGCACGAGAUGCAGCAUCCUGCUGGGAAUCUCCAACUACGUCAUCCACAACAGUCCCCAUGCUGAUGCACAAAGACAAGGUACCAUACGGGCGAUACUCCGAGUCAGUUUCUUACUACGUGAAGCCGAAGAACAAGAUUCUCAGGAAUUCCCAGCAGCUCCAAAAAGGUAACGCCCUUGUGGGUUUAAAAGUUAAAAAAAAAGAAAAGAAAAAAAAAAAAAGUUAAUCUCCCUUGAAUAUGAAUCUAAUGCCAAAACAUAUGCCCGAUG